CACAUGACUUCCACUGCGUGUGACUGGCCUGCAUUCCUUCAGUGUCACUAUCGGUUCUUAACUUAGUGCCAUGUUUUCAUGUCGGCUGCGGAAUGCAAAUAUUUAGUUGUCCGAAGGCGCGUGUCCCGCUGCGUGACCUGACGUGGAUCUGCCGCCAUCAUUCCAUGGUUCGCGGGAGGGUCUGACCGAGUCUGAAUGGUGUAACUCGUUUUUUUUUUUGUUAUCCAUAACCUGCUUACAUAGAUAGAAUAACCCAUGGCUGAACUCAUACUGCCAGACUCGAGAAGGUGUCAUUAUUUCUUCCUCUAUGAUGGAUCCAAAGUCAGAGGAGAAGACGAUCCUACAAGAAAGGGAAUCUGUUACUUCUACCCUGAGGAGACUCCUUUAGAUAAGCAGGACUUGCUCUGCAGUCAGCUGGCUGGUGUUGGCCGCUGUGUGUCUGAGCUGUCCUCCUCUCAGGUGAGCACUCUCAGGCUGCGACGCUGCAAGUUCGCUAUACGGAUGAAGGAUGACUUUUUCUGGGCUCUGGGCUGCUCGGUGGAUACCCCCACUGUCAGUGUCUGCGAGCUCCUGCAUCAGCUCAUAAACCUCUUCUGCUUCUAUAACGGCCCUGUUCGCAUGAGCUAUGAGCUUAACAGUCGGGAAACUCUGGCAGCGAGGUGGACUUGCUUCCUGUCACACCUGCUGUCAGCACAAUCACCGCUGCACUACAUCUUCAGCUGUUUGAGGACCAUGGAUUUGACUAACGUGGACCCGCUUCUCCUCCUCAAAGCUGCUCUCAUCCUUCAGGCGUGUCAGCGCUGCCCUCUAGUGUUAGCAGGCUGCAUUAUCUUCAAAGGAAGAGUUGUUAGCACACAACUGUCUCCCGAACUGACGAUGAAGGUCAUGGUUCAUGAGAGGGAAAUGUAUAACAAGGCCCAAAGGACAAACGGCACAAGCGCACCAGGUUCAUUUGGGUGUGCUGUCAGCUCCACAGGUGUGUUUCUGACUCCUCCUGAACUGCAACACCUGCGGUCUCCUCCUGUCAACAAAGAUUCAAGCUCCCACUCUUCUUCCCAAAAGGAUGCUCUGCCAAGGAGGAGCCGCCUCUCCAGAACACUGUCAGACACUCCCUCCAGUGAGCCAGAGCCAUCAGAUCCAACUUCCCCUCACUCUUCUCAAAAGCUAAGCGUCCACCCUCAUUGGUCAGAGUUGGAUAAUUCAGUGUUUAGCCCAACUCCAACACAGAGUGCUGCAGGUUCAACCACCUGCUCACCUCGGGCACAGAGGCCUUCUUCCUCACAGAGGAGAAACUCCCAUAAAGCUGAGGAGGAAACUUUGCACAAGUUCUACUAUCAAAGUUUUCACGAUAGCACAAGAGGAGUCAGCCAGAUAGAAGGUGAAGAAAGCUCCACAUGUGAAGGAAACCUCCAUCUAAAUGGAGGUGACGGAGCUUGCGAGACAGAAUUUGACUUUAGUGGACCUUCUGCCAAUGUUAAGACGGUGUCUGGAGAUAAUGAAGCCUGCUGCAGGAGUACUAAAGAUCACAUGACAGAGGUGAAGCACCUCACUCUUCCUCACCCUCAUACGUUAGAGAGCAAUGAGCAGAGUUCUCUGAUCGCCAUGACGCUCUACGUCCACCGGGUCAACAGCUUGGUGCUGGCUCUGCUAGUAGAACCUCAUUUCUUGAAUGACACGGCUUCUAUUGAGGAAGUGUAUCACAGCAGCCUGGCUUCACUCAAUGGACUGGAAGCCCAUCUGCAUACCAUCUCCCCAGCAGCACCAGAACCUGCAGGACAAUACUUAUUUGCCCACUAUGACUGCAUUCAGAACACUCUAACAACCAACGUGUCUGGCCGAGCGGUUGGAGCCCUAGAGCAUCCUUUUGUCAGAGCCACGUCGCUGCUUCACUCGCAUUUCUGUAGCACAGAAACUCUGCAGGAGGCUAUUAUCAGGAGUGCUGGCACUGCAGUGUAUGGAACCCGCAACGUGGCGCAGGAAACUUUCUUCCAGCAGCUCGGUGGACCCCCGAGGAACUCGGGUAUCCCAAACCACCAGGACAGCGCUUUUUCACUGCCGAGCAAAGCUCGACAUCGACUGUUGAAACAUGGAGUGAACCUGCUCUGACUGCACAGUAUCAGGACGCCUGAACUUAGUAUUUAUAAAGAGUUGGUUUUUCCUCAAAAACAUUUACAUUUACUAUAUUGAGCUCAAAUAUAACCUCAUUUUUUCUGCAUAAACAUUCCAUGACUUCAAGAUAAGAACAUAAAUGUUAAUGUGUCAGAAACUAAACCUGAAAUUUCAGAUCAAACUUAAGCAUUUUUCCUGCACAUUCUGAUGAUUUUUUGCUGCAGAAAACCUCAACUUUGUUGUUGUAAGUUUCCAUUUUAUGAAGAACAUUUAAUCUACAAACAUGAGUGUCAUUUUUGUUUGCGGCUUCAGUUGCUUGUUUUGUUGAAGCUUAUUUUAAAUGAAAAAAAAAUCAAAUUUAAAAA